AUGAGGGUGAUGGCCGACGAGGAGACCCUGGUGGCCACUGCUGCCAUUGUUAAAUCAUUAGCCGUUUACCCCCAAGAUGCCAACUCGGUUCCUGUUCCUAUCGGCACCAAUUCCCAAAUCAGGUUACCCGGUCACGAAAGCCAUGCUAAAGAAACUCUUGAGCGUGAGCUUUCUGCCCUUGUAGUCAGGAUCCAACAGCUCGAGGCCAAGGCCAGUGUUGGAAAUGGUGCAGUUUUUCCUGAUACGCCUAACGAGACGGCCGAAUCUCUUUUUGGCGAUGAGUCCCCUAGUCCCCUAGGUGGUAAAUCGUCAGGAGGUCGCUCUCGAUUUGCAGUCCUCCCGCCCGCCCGGAACGGCGCCAGUGAGGAACGAGCCGUGAAGGUUCUUCCCCUCACCAAUGAAGAUCUCGAGGGACUUCAUGAGCAUGUCAUAGACCAAUCCAAGAUACUCGACAACCAACGCCAAGAGUUGACGAAUGUCAAUGCUCAGCUUAUAGAGCAGAAACAACUGCAAGAGAAGGCCCUUGAACUCAUUGAGAAGGAACGGGUCGCUGCCUUGGAACGGGAAUUAUGGAAACAUCAAAAAGCUAACGAGGCCUUCCAAAAGGCGCUCCGUGAAAUUGGUGCUAUUGUUAGCGCCGUUGCACGAGGUGAUCUCACCAUGAAGGUUCGAAUGAAUACUGUGGAAAUGGACCCGGAAAUUACGACUUUCAAGCGGACUAUCAAUACCAUGAUGGAUCAGCUACAGGUCUUCGCCAGCGAAGUGUCCCGUGUCGCGCGUGAAGUCGGUACAGAUGGCAUACUUGGCGGCCAGGCCAUGAUCGAAGGCGUAGACGGAACUUGGAAAGAACUGACAGACAAUGUUAACGUAAUGGCUCAAAAUCUCACCGAUCAAGUACGAGAAAUCGCUUCAGUGACAACCGCUGUCGCCCAUGGCGACCUGACUAAGAAGAUCGAGAGGCCGGCCAAUGGUGAAAUCCUUCAGCUUCAGCAAACUAUCAAUACUAUGGUUGAGCAACUGCGUACAUUUGCAUCCGAAGUCAGUCGUGUCGCUAGAGAUGUAGGCACCGAGGGUAUCUUAGGAGGCCAAGCCGAUGUAAUGGGUGUUCAAGGUAUAUGGAACGAGUUAACGGUAAACGUGAACGCCAUGGCAAAUAAUCUUACGACCCAAGUACGCGACAUCGCUAAGGUCACUACUGCUGUUGCCAAAGGAGAUCUCACUCAAAAAAUUCAAGCCGAAUGCAGGGGCGAGAUCUUUGAACUCAAGUCGACUAUCAACUCUAUGGUUGAACAAUUAUCCCAAUUCGCACGCGAAGUCAGCAAGAUUGCCCGAGAGGUCGGAACCGAAGGUCGUCUCGGUGGUCAGGCUACGGUGAAUGACGUUGAAGGCACCUGGCGUGAUCUCACCGACAAUGUCAACGGUAUGGCUAUGAAUCUGACAACGCAGGUGCGCGAGAUUUCCAAGGUUACCACGGCUGUAGCAGCAGGAGACCUAUCCCAGAAGAUCACCGUUGAAGUCAAAGGCGAAAUGCUCAGACUAAAAUUGACGAUAAACUCCAUGGUGGACCGCUUGGGCAAGUUUGCCUUCGAAGUCAGCAAGGUCGCCAGAGAAGUCGGAACCGACGGAACCUUGGGUGGCCAGGCUCGAGUUGACGAUGUAGAAGGGAAAUGGAAAGACCUCACCGAAAAUGUCAACACAAUGGCUCUAAACUUGACGUCUCAGGUACGAGGUAUAUCCACGGUUACCCAAGCUAUUGCCGAUGGCGACAUGAGCCAGAAGAUCGAUGUGCAGGCGAAGGGCGAGAUACUCGUAUUGAAGGAAACUAUUAAUAACAUGGUUGACCGCCUGUCGGUCUUCUGUAAUGAAGUACAACGUGUAGCAAAGGAUGUCGGCGUAGACGGUAAAAUGGGAGGCCAAGCAGAUGUUGGAGGUCUAAAGGGACGAUGGAAAGAGAUCACUGCCGAUGUCAACACAAUGGCGACGAACUUGACCACCCAGGUGCGAGCUUUCGGCGAUAUUACUAACGCUGCUACCGACGGAAAUUUCACCAAGCUAGUCGACGUGGAAGCUUCCGGCGAAAUGGACGAGCUCAAGCGAAAGAUCAACCAGAUGGUGUACAAUCUUCGAGACAGUAUCCAAAGAAACACGCAGGCAAGAGAGGCGGCCGAGCAAGCCAACAAGACCAAAUCGGAGUUCCUCGCGAAUAUGUCGCACGAGAUACGAACCCCCAUGAACGGCAUUAUUGGAAUGACACAAUUAACUCUCGAUACCGAUCUCACGCAAUAUCAGAGGGAAAUGCUGAAUAUUGUGAACAACCUUGCCAACAGUUUGUUGACUAUUAUUGACGACAUAUUGGAUCUGUCGAAGAUUGAAGCUCGAAGAAUGGUAAUAGAGGAAAUCCCGUAUACCUUACGGGGCACCGUUUUCAAUGCCUUGAAGACGUUGGCUGUCAAGGCGAACGAGAAGUUCCUAGACCUUACAUAUCGGGUUGACAGUUCUGUUCCUGAUUAUGUGGUCGGUGAUUCCUUCCGUCUACGACAGAUCAUUCUGAACCUUGUGGGCAACGCCAUCAAGUUCACGGAGCAUGGCGAAGUAAGCUUGACGAUUCGAAAAGCCGAAGGUGCCCCUCCAAAGGAUCCCCGCGAGUAUGCAAUCGAGUUUGUCGUCUCGGACACGGGUAUAGGAAUCCCGCCUGAUAAGCUCGACUUGAUUUUCGAUACUUUCCAACAGGCGGACGGAUCCAUGACUCGUAAGUUUGGUGGUACCGGCUUAGGUCUAUCAAUCUCGAAGAGAUUAGUUAAUUUGAUGGGCGGCGACGUCUGGGUUAAGAGUGAGUUCGGGAAAGGCAGCUCGUUUUACUUCACCUGCGUGGUCAAGUUGGCAGACGGCGAGGUUGCGUCCAUCGAGAAGCAACUGAAGCCUUACAAGGGACAUCAAGUGCUGUUUAUCGACAAGGGACGCACCCAAUAUGGGAGAGAAAUCGUCAAUAUGCUACAGAGGCUUGGCCUUGUACCGGUGGUUGUAAACACCGAAGGAAAUCCUCACGUGCCUGGGUCGGACGAUCCGCCAUACGACGUGAUCAUUGUUGAGUCUAUCGACACCGCCCGUAAGCUAAGGGCUGUUGAAGACUUCAAAUACCUCCCGAUUGUCCUUUUGGCACCAGUCGUUCACGUCAACCUGAAAUCAUGCUUGGAUCUAGGCAUUACAUCUUACAUGACCACUCCUUGUAAACCCAUCGACCUGGGGAAUGGAAUGGUUCCUGCUUUAGAGAACCGUGCUACGCCGUCCCUGGCUGACAAUACGAAAUCGUUCGAAAUUCUACUUGCUGAGGAUAACAGGGUUAACCAGCGACUGGCUGUAAAGAUUCUCGAGAAAUAUCAUCACGCCGUCACCGUGGUUGGGAACGGCCUAGAAGCUGUGGAGGCCGUCAAGAAAAAGAAAUUUGAUGUCAUCCUAAUGGAUGUCCAGAUGCCAAUAAUGGGAGGCUUCGAAGCUACUAAUAAGAUCCGCGAGUACGAACGCAGCCUUGGCUCUCACCGGACACCGAUCAUCGCAUUAACGGCACACGCUAUGAUGGGAGAUCGGGAGAGGUGUAUACAGGCCCAGAUGGACGAAUACUUAUCCAAACCUCUACAGCAAAACCACUUGAUACAGACCAUUCUAAAGUGCGCAACGCUUGGCGGUGCUCUUCUCGAGAAGAACCGGGAGCGGGAACUGGCACGUCAAUCUGAACAAAAGAACGGCGGCAAACCGAAUGGCUCGGCACACUUGAGGCCCGGUCUCGAGGCCCGUUCGAUAACCUCGAACGAGCCCUUGAUGGGAACCAUGGAGAGCCCAUCUCUCGUUUCGGCGAAUCAAGACGAUCCGCUGCAUAGGGCACGUUCAACCCUCUCUGAACCUUGCGUUCAAAAUGACUAA